UUCUAUUCAAGCUAAUCAUGAAUAUUCAUGAAUAUUCGGAAUACCUUGAUUACUUUUUUGACACACUGGUUCUUGCACCAAAUAUUUUGCCGCACUUUAUCAUAAGCCUUCAAUAGCCCUUCAUACUUCAAAGGCUUCAAUCUUUUAUUCAAUGGCUCCUCCGAGAAAGACCCCAGCUAAAGACGCGCCAGCGCCUCCGAUUCCAGGCCACGCUUUGCGCUCUGGUCGCGUAGCUCCUCAUCAAGCACCUCCAGGUCGCAUCGGCAAGCGCAUUGCUAAGGCUAGGCUUCCCGUCAAGACACCAGCUAAGAAGUCAUCAGUCAAGAAGAUUACUGCUAAGAAGACGCUCGCCAAAAAAGUCCCUGUCAAGAAGACUCCUGUCUUGGCGCAAGUCGAAGAAGACUCGACUUUAACCUCGAAUGUCGAAUACGAAGCAGAAACCGAGGAGGAGCAGCAGGAAGACAAUGGGGGAGACGCAACGAUGAUCAACCAUGAAGAUGGCGACGGCGACCAAUUGAUUCGAACCACCUUCUCCAAGUACGCCAAUUAUGUUGCAUUCAAGGGAGUGAAGGACCCGGUUCAACGUCUGACGAUCAUCAAUAUGCUCAAGGACGACGAGCGCAAGGAGGGAUUUCAUCAGCUGAAGCUACGUCGACGAAGUGGAGGCGUUUAUUUGGAGUUCUGUCAUUGUAAAAUCAUGUUGUGUUUCAAGUUUUGAAGGUAUUGGAAGCGGGGGCGUUGUCACCAGGAUUGUACUGAAACGUGCGUUUUUAGACUACCAAAUCAAGAUUUUGGAAACUUGAAUACG